UGUCCAGCAGCGUAUAAAUCUCGGCUGCCUGGGCCUUGCUGCAUCGUCUGCACACGAUGUCCUCAAUUAGCAACAUGAAGCUGGGCAGCCUCUUCCUCCUGGCCAUUCUCCUCACCCUCAACACAAGACUCCAGGCAAUUGGUGUCUGUGAGGAGCAGUGCCGAGAAGACCGGGACUGCGCGGCAGGAGAGAAGUGCGUCAGCAAUGGCUGUGGCCACGUGUGCUCACCAGCCCCGCAAGCAACCAUCUGUAGCAUCGAGUGCAGUGAAGACAGGGAUUGUGGGAGAGGAAAAGAGUGCAUCCAGGAUGGCUGUCGGCGAAUCUGCUCCCCGCUGAUGAGUGUAGGUGUCUGUGAGGAGCAGUGCCGAGAAGACCGGGACUGCGCGGCAGGAGAGAAGUGCGUCGGCAAUGGCUGUGGCCACGUGUGCUCACCAGCCCCGCAAGCAACCAUCUGUAGCAUCGAGUGCAGUGAAGACAGGGAUUGUGGGAGAGGAAAAGAGUGCAUCCAGGAUGGCUGUCGGCGAAUCUGCUCCCCGCUGAUGACUGUAGGCAUCUGUGAGUCCCAGUGCUUCAGAGAUCGGGACUGUGGAGCUGGAAGACGGUGUGUCAGUGAAGGCUGUAAUCGGGUCUGCUCCCCUGCGCCAGAAGCAUCAAUAGGAAUCUGUGUGCAACGCUGCCGAGGAAACUGGGACUGUGGGGCUGGAGAACGAUGUAUCAGGAAGGGAUGCAGUCGUGUCUGCUCUCCAGUCCGCAUAGCAGGGGUAGGUAUCUGCUUGGACCAAUGCCAAGGACACCGGGACUGCCCAGCGGGAAGCCGAUGUGUCAGCAAUGGAUGUGGCCGUGUCUGCUCACCCACCCAGGACCGGCGAGCGGAACAGAGACCUGGAACGUGUCCAAGGGUGCCAGAAGGAACGUUUGGAACUUGUGCUGAAAGGUGCACAGGAGAUGGAUCCUGUCCCCCGGGCCAAAAAUGCUGCAGCAAUGGCUGUGGAAAAUCUUGCCAAGUCCCUGAUCUGGGCCUCACUAUCCAUUUGGAUGAUAAAUGAACCUUGGCCUCCUUCAGUAAUUGUUUCCAAAUGUCAUCUUUAUUCUGAGAUCUGUGCUUUCUUACUGUCUUUUCCGGAACCCCAGGAUCACAGGAUGUGGAUCCAAAAUAACUCAGUUUUUAAGUGUUGAAUUUGGGCAAUUAUUUGAUGAUUCAUAGCAUGACUGCUUCUAAAAUUAUCUUUUCUUCUGAAUAAAAUGAUUUCUGUGGCAUUA